CGCACAUUUCCCUGCUUAACAACCCAUACUUGGAACCACACCGACCCGACCCUUAAAAACCCAACGAACACACACCUCCUUACGUGCAGCCAGGACCAGGAUCGAGCAAAAUCUUCACCAUGGGCAUGGCCACCACAGCCGCCGCCGCGACGACGACAAUGCCGGCCCCGGACAACAACAACAACAACAAGCAGCUCCUCCGACACCCAACACCGUGCAGCAGGCCGCCGGUGCAGCAGCAGCGGCCGUGCUUGGCAUCCUCCAAGAACAGCCGAACCAAGACUAAGCCGAAGGCGAAAGCGCCCGUGGUGAUCGCGCACGAGUGCUGCCCGAGCGCGAUGCGCGCGCACGUCCUGGAGGUGCCCGCGGGGCGCGACGUGCUGUCGUGCGUGGCGGCGUUCGCGCGCCGCGGCCGCCGCGGCGCCAUGGUGCUGGGCGCGGCCGGGCGCGUGGCGGACGCCGUGCUGACGAGCUCGGACCCGGCCGCGGCGCUGGUGCUCCGGGGCACGGCGGAGAUCCUGGGCCUGGCCGGGUGCUUCUUCCCGUCCGCUUCUCCUUCCUCGGCCGCGGCUUCGGCGGGCGUCGCCGUGUUCCUGUCGGGGCCGCGGGGCGGAGUGCUGGGCGGCGGAGUGGCGGCGGGAGGGCUGGUGGCGGCCGGGCCGGUGGUGGUGAUGGUGGCCACGUUCGCCGCCGCCGCGUUCGACCGGCUGCCGCUCGUGAAGGGGGACGAGGCCGCUAAGGGCGAAGGGUGUAAUGGCGUGCCGCACGGUUUGGAUGAUGGAUACCGGCGGUGCUUUGGUGGCGGUGGGCUGCCGCCGCUGCAGCAGCAGCAGUGCGGGUGGGCGCCGGUGUGCCGGAAGCUGGGCGCGAAGAGCUGAACGGUGGCAUGUGGCAUCAUGGCCCGAGUGAAAAACGCCUAUCCGGACAGGUUAUUGGGUUUGUUUAGAGAGACUAGCUGGGCCGAGGUAUUUCGGGUUUUCUAACCGGGCCCGCAUAAGUUUCAGCCCAAACUUCAAAGAGGUUCGUUGUUCUAAAAAAAGAAAGAGAAAGAUUUCCCGAUGUUCUUUGA